AUGCUACGAGCCAUCUUUUCCACCGGGCUGGCAAUUGCAGCCGCGACGGGCCCGGCCGAAGUCCAAAGCGGCACGAAGCUGUCGCAGAAGUUUGACUAUGGAGUGUUUGACCAGAUCACUGCGCAGCUCGAUCCUGAGAAGCUAGAGGAGAACAUGCUGCAGGCAAUGACUACAAACAGCUCAGCCAGAGAGAACACCAUCAAAAAGAUGAUGGGCAAACUCCAGGCCUUUGCCAAGGAUGAGCAGACCUGGGAGCAACAGGCGAUUGAUGCAUUCCACGGCAAAUUGAGCGAAUCCUGCGACAAGCUCGUGGAGGCGGCGGGAGAGGCAACCGUGAAACUGCAGAAGGACGUUCAGGAGCAGCGAAUCGCUCCGUUCGAGGAAGAUGAGGGCUGCGUUGGCCAGCUCAGCGAAGCCAUCAAGAAAGAGAUGCAAAAGAAGCUGGGAGAUGAGCAUGGCUUCCACGGCCUAGGUGCCGCGGUGGCCUACGUGUCCAUGAUGGGUGCGAACUACGGCUGUGAAUCCGAGGCAGGAAUUCGCGGUCUGGAUCUGGAGGAUGAAGCCGCAAGGCUUUGUGGAAAGGCCGUGUUCGAGAGGCAAGAGAAAGAGGCAGAAAAGGCGGCCAAGGCGGCAGCAAAGGAGGCCGCCAAGAUGGCGGCAAAGAAAAAAGCAGAGAAGGAAAAGGCGGAAGUUGAAUCCGCCUCAACAGACGAUGCCUCGAAGGCCUUUGAGCUCAAGAGCCUGAGAAGGGCAAAUAUGCAGCGUGGCGUCUCCACACCCGUGCUCUUUGCCGCCCUGUUGGCUGCAUCCCUCGCUGCUGUGUCGGCUGUCUUGGCAGUGGUUAGCAUGCGGCGAACACGCGAGCUGCUGCUCAUUCGUGCCACAGAAGAUGAAUACCCAGUUUCCGACUGA